AUGGCUAAAAGUAAAGAUUUCGCUGAAUUUGUUGCCGAAUAUGUGUUGAGACAGGAGUCAGAAGAGGUGGACAUCGAAGACGAGAAAGAGUUGGAAGUGUUAGCAAAACUGAGACAAAGAGUGAAACCAAUUAUUGAAAGACAAGAAUCGCAUAAAUCUUCGGACAAUGAAACUGUUGUCCGACAGAGAAGUCGCACACGAGAUGUGUCUACAAGUGAUAGAGUGAACCAAAAGGAGACCAAAAGUAGUGAUAAAACCACUGAAGAAGAGACAAAUAAAAGCAAAGGAAAACUCAUAAACGAGGAGAAAUCAGAGACGGGUUCUACUAAAUUCAAAGUCUAUGUGAAAUACUUUCAAAUGAUUGGUAUCCGAAGUAUUGGUAUAAUUAUUAUCUCAUUUAUCGUGUCAUUUAUGGCCGAAUCAAUGUCCAGUUUAUGGCUCAGCGACUGGUCUAACGACUCACUCGACACCAAACGGAUUACCGAUAAGGGGUUACGCAUUGAAAGACUGGGUGUCUAUGCAAUUACCGGGUGCGUUAGAGCAGGAAAGGUAUUGCAUAACGCAAUGGUAGACCAUAUAGUGAGGGCACCGUUGGUUUACUUUGACACUACACCCAUCGGAAGAAUACUAAACCGAUUCUCUCGAGACAUGGAUGACUUGGACGGGAAGAUAAUGUACUCAUUGCAGACAAUGUUACUUAGAUUCAUGGGUUUAGUCAUGUCGUUGGGAAUAAUCAGUUGCCAAAUGCCACUCACUUUAUUAGCUAUACUCCCCAUUAUUAUGGUGUAUGUCUGGUGUCAACGGCUAUAUAUCGCCAGUUCCCGACAAAUCAAACGAAUCGACUCGACCUCCCGAUCCCCUAUUAUUAGUCAUUUUAGCGAAUCAAACGCCGGCACCUCUACUAUAAGAGCGUACGGCGCGACCAAACAGUUUAUAGCGAAGUCUAACCGUUUGAUUGACAAAAACAAUAGCUGUCAUUACGCCUCCAUAUGCGGGAAUAGUUGGCUCACAAUACGACUCGACUUUUUAGGCAAUUGUAUAGUGCUUUUGACGGCUGUUUUCGCCAUUGCUUUCAGAGAUACUGUGAGUCCAGGGAUGGCCGGUUUGACCAUCACUUAUGCCUUAAAUAUUACGCUAAUUUUGAGUGGUUUUGUGCGCGGUUUUAGUAAUACCGAGACUUUUAUCGUCUCUAUUGAGAGGUGUCUUGAAUUGACUCAAACACCCGAAGAGGCCGAGUGGUUCAACGAUCGGACAAAACCGCCGCCCGAUUGGCCACUAAUGGGAGGAAUAAUGUUCUCCAACUAUAGCACAAAAUAUAGACAGGAAUUGGAUUUAGUGCUCAAAAACAUCACAUUAGAUGUCAAACCGAGGGAAAGGCUGGCAAUAGUGGGCCGAACCGGUGCUGGAAAGUCAUCCCUGGCUUUGGGUCUCUUCCGACUCAUUGAAGCCACUGAUGGGACGGUUAGUAUCGAUGGCAUCGACUGCUCGACAAUAGGUUUGCAUGACUUGAGGUCUCGGCUAACAGUCAUACCUCAAGAACCGGUACUCUUCGCGGGCUCUUUGCGACACAAUUUGGAUCCAUUGGAUCAGUGGUCAGACAAAGAGAUAUGGAGUGCCUUAGAUGCCGACAGUAGGGAUGACUUUCCGGCGCCGACCUGA